UAAUCAAACAAACAAACACAACAAAACCCAAAACAAAAACAAACUCAAAGGAUUCUUCUUCUCCAUACACAACAUCUCAAGAAAACAUGAAAAUGGGUAUGGGUUUAGUGUUUCUUACAGUUUUUAUGGCUGUGAUGUCCUCGACAAGGGUCUCUGCUCAGACGGGCUGCACAAACGUGUUGAUCAGCUUGUCGCCAUGUCUCAACUACAUAACCGGAAACUCUACCUCUCCAACUCAGCAAUGCUGUCGUCAGUUGGGUAGCGUAGUCCAGUCUUCUCCUGACUGUUUGUGUCAAGUCCUUAACGGUGGUGGCUCUCAGCUUGGUUUCAAUGUUAACCAAACACAAGCUCUUGGUCUGCCAAAGGCUUGUAAUGUUCAGACUCCUCCAGUCAGUCGCUGUAAUACCGGUGGUGGUGGUGGUAGUGGUUCUACUUCUGACUCUCCUGCAGAAUCACCAAACUCUUCAGGACCAGGAAAUGGUUCGAAAACCGUACCAGUAGGAGAAGGAGAAGGAGACGGACCAUCGUCUGAUGGAAGCUCUAUCAAGUUCUCAUUUCCUCUUCUUGCCUUCCUUUCCUUGGCUUCCUACAUUGCAAUCUUCUGAGUUAUUGAUUUUUCCCAUCCACGUUUCUACUGAAACUGAUGAAGCUUUUGUGCCCCUCAGAUUGUAUUCUUUAUUUGUCCCUAUUUAUUCACAUUUCGUCGUGAUUUUGUGUGAUAUAUUUUAUGCUCUGUGAAUCCCUAUGCUCCCGCUGAUAUUGCUUUGUUGUACCAACGGUGAGCAUGUUGGAUCUAUUUACCCUUUACAAUAAACAUAACUUUUCAGAACA